AUGGAAGAAUCUUUGAAUCGUAAAGCAAGAGACCUUCUUGCGACUCCAAGCCACGAAGGAGCAGAGAUUCUCGUCAAACAACUCUCACUGCCUCAAGAAACUAACGAAUUUCAAACGGCGGAAGAUCUUUUCAAUUUCUGCGCUAAUAAUUUCCCAAAUUGCUUAACCCUAAUGUUCCUCAAACUAUAUCGACACUCUUCCAAUGACGUCAUCAGAUUUCAUUCGCUUUAUCUCCUCUCUGAAACCCUCGCCGUUUUCAGAAAUUGCAACAUCAAACUCUCUCGCGUCGCUCUCCAUGAAAUCAAACCCCUUGUGAUUGAAUGUUUAACGAUGCAAGAAACCAAAGAGUCUGACAUGAAGUUCCUAGGAAGAGUCGUUUCUUUAAUAACCUACAAUGUUGUGAUUUGCGAUAAUGGUGGAUGGCAUGAGCUCAGUGAUUGUAUCCUCUGGCUAGCGGAAAACGAACCUGUCAAGGCUUUUCAUGUCUUCAUCGAUUUGCCAUCAGUGUAUAAGAGUUUCAUCAACAAGUUUAUGAAGGUAAUUGUUGAGAAAGCUGAGAAGGUUUUGCUUAAUCCUGUGAAAAGUGAAGUUGAAGAUUGGAGCUUAGCUUUAGAAACUGUUGUUAAAUUGGGGAUUCAGAUUUCGUAUAAAGAUAUGAGAUAUGUGAAAAUGGUAGAGAAUCUUCUUUCUAUUCUUGCGAAAUCAGUGAAGGAGUUAGUGGAGAAGGGGAAUGAACAGUUUUUGGUACAAGGGCUUGAACAUCUUGAGAGGUUCUUGUCAGAAGACAAAUAUCUGUGUAAUUACAAUAAGGAACAAUGUCAUUUUGUGAUGGCUUUCAUGUUUAGGAUCAAAAGUUUUGGAACACAGAGCAAGGAGAUUAUAAAGAAGAUCAAUUGGUUGGUUCAAACACCGGGAAAUCGAGCAGGAAAACAUAGUUCUUUGAAGAUCAAUCCGUUGGUUCAAACACCGGGAAAUCAAGAUCAUGGAGAAGAGUUUGAUCGUGCCUGGCUUGAUCAUUUGAAGACUUUAUCAUCACUUGAAGUUUUGAAAAUCUUUGCGUCAACUGAUCUUGAAGAUGAGACCAGAGAGAUGGCUAUCAGACAACUCAACGUCUUACUCUCUGAUCACACUUCAAAGAGAGUGGAAAUAGACUUUUCAGUGAUGAGACAACUCCAGCCAUUGCUUAUCUCUUGCCUUCGGCAAGAAGGAAUCACAGACAGCAUGUUCAAAGUCCUAGGUGAGGUGGUGAGUCACGUUGCGUUUGAGAUCUUCAAACACCAAGAUGUCACAUGGUAUGCUUUACGCAACUAUAUAACAUCGAGUAAAAUAGAGUUCCAGAGAGCGGUUUAUAUCUUCCAGUGCUUAACAAUGCCGCUUGAAAAUGAGGAGUUUUUGAUUCCUGUGAUUGAAAUUCUUCUCCCGGAGAUAAGCAGAAGGUUAAACCCACCAACAGAGUUGAUGGUAGAUAACAGUUGCUGGGUUUUGGCGUUUACUGGUGCCUUCUGUGCCGCAAUUCACUUGAUAGAGGUCUCGAGUCACGCUGAAUCCGUUAAGGAGAUUGCACAUAAGAUGAUAGAGUCAGUGAGAAAGCUUGUGGAAAGAGGAAUGGAAGUUGGGCUUGUGAGAAGAGCUUUCAGAGAUGUGGGAAGCAUUGUGAAGAAACAACUUCGAUGGUAUGAUACGAGCGAGUACAAAUUGGUUAAGGGUCUGCUUUGGAGACUCUAUGCAAUCAAAGGUAUGAAAUGGGAAAGUAAGAUUGUGUUGUGGAGAAUCAAUGUGAUUGUCGAGAGAAGAGUUGAUGAAAUGGUUAAAGAGCUGCCAGAGAAUGAGUUUGAUUGGCUGAACCUUACUGAUGAGGAGGUUGAAUAGAGAACUAGUUUUUGGUGUACA